AACAUAUUUAUUACUCUUUUUACAAGCUAAAAGCUCAAGUGGAGCGAUCUAUGGGCUUCUUGCAGUUUACCAACACGACAAUGGCCGAAUUGUCUGUAUAAAAUAUUUUUUAUUGGCUCAUACAUCCAAACCUGCCAUGUCUUUGGUUUUAAAAAUGGCGUAUACAAGCUUUUUGUUUGCCGGUUUACGCUGUUGAAUAGCCCCCAAGAGCCCGCGCGUAAUCGAGGCGAGUGGUAAACGUCGUGAAUAUGAAAUUGAAGUACAUGUGUAGGUAUAUAAUCAACAGUAUGGACCCCGUGAACGAAUUUUCGUAGCGUUAUGGUGAAUUAGAAUGGUGCCUGUGGCUCGUCAAUCUUGCACGUCGUCAGGUUACCAGUUCAUAACGUAAAUAUCACCCAGCGAGCAUUUUAUAUUUCAGAUAUGACAGCGUCGCAAAACAGUAGAUAAUGGAGAGCUCGGAAGACGAUGCGGGCGCCGCGACGAACGCUUCCCGCCGAGCAUCGGCGCGGGAAAAGGACGUCGGAGCGUGCGAGGAUGGCGGUGCAAGCGGUGCGAUGCUGCAGGUCCCAGCGGAAGCCGGCGGAACCAGCGAAACCGCUUCCGUAUCGGAGGAAGCGUUUGACGCCGACAGCGUGCCGUCGCCGUCCGCGCAAGAUGUCAACACCAGCACCGAGGCUAUCCUCGACAUGAUCGAUGAGAUCGUAGACGGCCCCGAUGCCCCCAAGAGACUAUCGCGUGGCUCGGCAGAUGCUGACGCCGACGACAUGUGCACUGCUUCCGACGUCCCUGCCGGUGUCCCCCAACCAUUGUCGAGUGACACUGAUCCCCAAACAUCUUGUACACAAACAUCAACAUCUGAAAGUGACACCAAAGGAAGUGAAAAAUCAAGUGAUUCUCCAUCUGACUGUGUAUCACAUAGUAAGGCAAUAGCAAGUGAUGUUUAUAUAGGAAACUUAUCAGAAGAAAAAAGUGAGUUAAAAGUUGAAAAUGCAUCUGUCACAUCUGCUAAUGAUGGGAACUCUACAGAAGUGUCACAGAAGAGUCCUAUAGGUAGUCAAGCUGAAUGCACAUUGAAAAGCAAUUUAACUGAGUGUGACACAGGCGUGGAACCAGUGACAACCAAGAAUGCACAAUUAGAUAAUCCACCACAUCAAGCAGAUCUGCCAAAUGCUAUCAGUGAACCUACAGUAAGAGAAAGUAAUCAACAUAAAUCAGUGUCUCCAAGUGAAGAAAUACCAGCCAAUUUAAUAACGGAGAACCUUUUACAUGAAAAUACAAAUAAAGUAGUAUCACAAAGCAUAUCUGAAAUCAACUUGCAUGUAGAAUCACCACAGGCAAGUUCAAGUCUUGCUGGGAAUGUGGCAGCUGAAUCAACCUCUGAGGAAACAGUUAUGUGUUCAGAGGAAAAACCAAGCAGUUUACCUCCCAAUAUUCCUUCCAGCAGUGUGGCAGAAUCAAUUUCUAAUCUAACAGACUCUAGUGAGAAUCAAAUAUGUGAACGGACAAUAAAGUGUGUGACGUCCAGUGAUAAUCGGGACAAUGUAACUGUUGAAAGUGCAGAGUCCACAUCUAGUGACACUAGUGUUAGUGAAGGAAGAGCUGUAACAAGUGAGUCCAUGACACGGUCUCCACUGCGUCGACGGUUGGUAAGGCCAGCGCCCAGUGAUCGCCGCCCUGAUUCUACAGUUUCCUCUACUGUGGACACUCAAAAUGUGAAUGUUGAUACUUCUGAACAGACAACCAGUGAUAGUGUUGCAAAAGAUGUUUCUAGUUCAUCGGAUGCUGUACCUUCUGUAUAUGGUAAUGUUAAGCCACAAGAGAUUAGAAAUUUAGGUGAAAUUAGUGUCUGCAAAGCAGAAACAUCAAUUAGCCCCCCUAAAAAAAUUAAACUUGUUAGACAAAAAAUUGCAGCAUCCAGUGCUCAGAGAGAUAUUAUAGAUGAAAAACCUGUAUUGACACCUGAUAGUGAACAGUGUCAAUCAACAUCAUCUGAAUAUACCCCAUCAUCAUUACUAGAUACUGCUUUAGAAACCAGUCCAACUUCAAAAGCUGAAAAUGUGGUACAAAACUUGUGCAAUGAAGUUGUAAGCAAUGAUCCACCUGCAAAUCUGACUACAAGUAUAAGUGUGAGUUCAGAAAAGAAAGUUCAAGAAGUUGUAACGCAAGAGAGCUCAUCCCAACCAGUGCCCCCAGAAGUGCAUAAAAAUGAAAGUGAUGACCAGAAAAAAGUUACACCUAUCACAUUUAAUUUAAGCAUUUCAAAAGAGACAUGUUCCACUGAAAGUAAAUCAGAUUGUGUGGAUGAGGGUACUAGUAGUACCAGUAUUGUCAAAGAAGUAUCAGAUUGCACUAAACAAGUACCUAAGUUGACUAUCAAGCUUGGAAAUAUACAAACAGAGGAACCAAAAUCUCCAAUUCCCAAACUGACUAUUAAACCUAUAAAACCUCCAUUAGAAAGUGAAGAUUUCAAAAGGGAGUCGAGUGAGCAAAUUCCAAGUGUAACUAAAUUGAAUAUUAAGCCUAUAUUAAAACCACCGGAAAAGAUUAAUGAUAUUCACAGAAAGUCUAGCAGCAGUGAAAUAUCAGAAUCUGAAUAUUCUGAAAAUGAUGAAAGUAAUAGUACAUCAGAUCAAGCAUCCAACUCAGAUCAAGGCCCAUCUGAUGUUGUUCCAAAAGUAACUAUUAAAGUUGGGAAACCUGGCACUGACAGUGAGGGAAAAUUUUACACAGAACAAAAUGUCCCAAAACUUCUAAUUAAGAGUAUUCCUCAUAACGAAAAUGAGGAACAGGAAUCUGUAUCAAAACUUAAAUUGGUAAUUAGCCAACCUGAUGAUAACCAAUCAGAAAAAAUCCCUAAAUUGACAAUUAAAUCAGUGGCAAAGUCUGAGGGACAGCCCCUUAGCCCCAAAUUGACAAUAAAGCCUCUGAAACCACUUGAAACUGUUAAAAAAGAUUGUUUAACGGAAUCAGCAAUGGACUUUGAAAUUCCUAAAAUAACAAUCAAACCUGUUGUCAAAACUGACACAGAAUCAUCUUCUAAAACACCUAGAAAAUCAACAGUGGUAUGUGACAGCCUUGAACACAUUCCUGUUGUUACGAAACUAAAUAUUAAGCCUAUUUUGAAACCAACCGAGUGUGAAACAGAAAACUUAGAAGAAAGAGUACCUGUGGUUUCAAAAUUAAAUAUAAAACCUAUUGUAAAACCUACUGACCCUUCUGAAACUGCAGAGGAAGUAGAGAGCCAAGUGCCUGUAGUUUCAAAAUUAAACAUUAAGCCUAUUCUGAAACCUGCAGAGGUUGAAGCAUCUGAAGCUAAGGAACAAAAUGUACCUGUGGUUUCGAAAUUAAAUAUAAAACCCAUUUUGAAGCCCUCAGAGACUAGUGAAGCUUCAGAAAGUUUGGGAGAGAAAGUUCCUGUAGUAUCAAAAUUGAAUAUUAAACCUGUAAUUAAACCUAAAGAUAAUGAAAUUCAAUCUAGCGUAGAAGAUAUACCUAAAGUUACAAAAUUAAAUAUAAAGCCCCUGAGGAAUCCUGAAGAAAAAUCUUCAGAUGAAAAAGACUGUGAUGAAUUGAAUGAUGAUACUGAAAGAAAUAGUAUACCUGUUGUUACGAAAAUUAAUAUUAAGCCUAUAAUUAAGCCUGUUGAUGAAGAUACAUCAAAAGAUUCGGAGAACCAAUCAUCAGAAACGGGUAAUUCCAGUGAUGAUAACACUGAUCACAUACCUGUUGUAACCAAGAUAAAUAUUAAGCCUAUUAUAAAACCCAAUGAUACAGAAGAAUUAUCAAAACCGAGUGAAGAAAAUAUUCCUGUUAUAACAAAACUGAAUAUUAAACCUUUAAUCAAACCAGAAGAAAGUAAAUCACCUUCUUCUCCUAAAAAGGAAAAUGUUAAAAUCACCAAAUUGAAUAUAAAGCCUGUACUAAAACCGGAGGAAAUUGAGCAACAGAAAAGUAACAUUGAUAGUGAAGAUGUUUCUACUAAAAACCCACCCCUUGUAAUGAAAAUUAACAUUAAGACUGUGACUGAUAUUCCAUUUAAAGAAACCUUAUCUGAUGAAGAUAGGAAAGUAAACAGCAGUGAUGACAACAGCGAAUAUAAGCCUAAUAAUAUAGAUGAAAAUAUACCGAAAGUGUCCAAGCUGAAUAUAAAACCGAUUGUGAAACCUUCCAAGUCUGAUGAUUUACAAGGAGUUUCUUCUAAUAUGACUCAAGUAGUAAUGAACUGUAAACCAAGUAGUUCUCAUUUAUAUAUGACUGAAACACCAAAACAAAAUUGUGUGUCUAUUGUAAAUGAAGAUCCUAAGUUUGAUAAACAUACAGAGAAGUCAGGUAAUCAGAAUGAACCAUCUACCACUCAUAAGCAAAUUCCUUCAUCAGACAUUGCUAUAGACUUCACAACGAAACCAGCACAGAGUAAAGAAUCUAAUACGAAAUUAGGAGAUAUUUGUAAUCGAACAAUAAUGGAAUCUUUUAACCAAGUUCCAACGAAGCCACAUUCAUCAUUACAGAAUUGUACUCUUUUGAAAAAAUUAUUAGAGACAAAGAAAGAUGGAUUGGAUAAAAGACUGGAUGAAAACAGAAUUAAUGCAAAUCAUUCAAUACCCAUAAGGACAGAAUCAAACAUAAUUAAAGUUGAUAUGAGCUGUGAACAACAUUAUAGAGAAAAAAAUAAUUCUAAAGGUCAUGAAAAUGAAAUCACCAUCCCACCUAGCACAGAUCAAUCAAAAGUUAAUGAUAUUCAUGUAUCUAUAGAACAAGUUCCAGCUGAAAGUAUUCACAAAGAGCCGGGUGAACAUGUCACCAGGCCAUUGGAAAUCAACAUAUCUGAUAAAAUUUCUACUCAAAGCUCUGGACAGGAUUCUCCAAGGAUAAUAUUAAAAAUAAAUAAGACUGACCAUGGUCCUUCAGCAAAAAUUAUUACCGAGGAGCCAAAGGGACCAGGCACUCCACAACAAAAUGAUGGAUCUGAAAAUACUCAGGAAGUUGUAAAUGACAAACAGAGUCAUAAGAAAGUUGUAAAUAGCAGAAAGAAACCCCUAGCAGAUACCCCAACUAUGCCUAUGGGAAAACGAUUACGAAGUUCAAGGAUUGUAGAAAAUACAGAAAAGUCUCCAGUAGUAAAAAAGUACACUGGAAAGCGACCGUCCACUACAGAUACUAGCCCACCACAGAGCAAGGAACCAGAACUGUCAGUGCUAGAAACUAAAAGGUUAAAACUUGGACAAUUAUUGUCCAGUAAAUCUUUAGGUACGCCCGUGCCCGCGAAAGUCACACAGGUGUCCCCUACCAAAACAAAUGUAGAAACUAAACAGGCUGGAAAAAUCGUUAAUCAUUCACUGUUAAUUAAUGAAAAUUGUUCCAAAAAUGGUAAUUCGAAAUUACACAAUAUUUUAUCAAAUCUACAAGCGAAACAGGCUCAAGCGUUAGCCUUUAACGACAUGAACUGUGCAGAGAAGACACCCAUUUUGCCAGAGCUCGAAUCCAAUGCUUCAACGGGAAGUUCAGACGUCGUCGAGGUAGUACCAGUAGAAAAUUCCCAUCCUGAGGUGCAAGAAAUGAUAAUUAAUGAGAACUCGGAGUCUCACGACUUCCCACCGACGUCGGAUGAGCUGUCGCAGGAUCCGCUGGAGGUGGACGCGCCUAAGCCGGCAGAGCCGCCCGUGGAGGCAAUGAGCGCGCCGCCGCCCGUGCAGCUGACGCCGCAGCCCAAGAAGCGCGGCCGCCCACGCAAGCUGCCCGUGUCCGAGGGCGCCAAACCCGCGCCCGUCUUGCCUGUGCCGGCCCUCGAGGAGCGACCGCAACGAUCACUUCGAUUAUCAAGAGAACAACCGCGGCACCCGACCAUCCUGGCGAAGCCCCGCGGGCGGGGUCGAGGGCGAGGGCGGCGCGCGGAGCCCGAUCCACCGCGCGAGGAACCCGCCGUUGAGGCUGCAAACAAGUUCUUUGUGGACGAGAAGCCUGAGGACAUCGACCCCACCAGCUCGCGGAUCAAGCUGCCCCGUAUGACGGAGGCGCUGGACAAGAUGCCGUCCUCGUGUACGACACCGCUGUCGAGCCGGAGGAGAAAUUCGUCGACAUCGGACAUUAAGUUAUUCGAGACAGAGCCCAAAGUGGUGCUGAACAUGCUGCCGAAGAUGGAGGAGCCGGUGACGUCGCCGGAGACACCAGCGCGCGGGACUCGCGGGGGGCGGGGCUCGCGCGGCGGCCGUGGCCGCACGCCUCGCUCGGGGCGCGGCCGCGGCAGGGGCGGCGGCCGCGGCGCCAUGUACAUGAAGGAAACCAUGGGUAUCUACGGGCGAGUCUGCGGCCCGGCUACUACCACCGUGCAGCUCUUCGAGGAGGAGACCUGCAUGAUGGAUGAUAACGCCACACCCGCCAAGCCCUCGCAUUUAUUGGACGAAGACUCUCAGAGCUCAGUGAAAAGCUCUACCAAUGACAGCAGCAAAAUGAAGAAGUCUAAGUUUGCUGACUUGUUUGACAGUAACAAAGUGUGGACGGCAGCUGAUGUCAAGGAGUACAUGUGGCCGCCGCCCGAGACGCCGGAUGUGGAACACCAGGUAAUGAUGAUCCAGGAGCAAGUGGCGAUGUUCCUGGGCGUGAAGAGCUUCAAGCGACGCUACCCGGAGCUGAAGCGGCGGCCCGUCUGUGGCGAAGAGCGCGACUACGUGCUAAGCAAGGGCAUCGUCACUGAAGCCCUGUGCGACCUUGGUAUAACAGCAGUGGACGCGAGCGAAGUCCUGGACAUAAUGCUAUCAGACUACCCUCACAAGUACGAGGAGUAUCGCGCUCACCAGCGGCAGAGACAGCUGGCGGCCGCAGUCGACGAACCCGACACGAAGACCGAGCGCGUGGACCGUGUCGAAAUGAAGCCUGAAGUAAAACCUGUAGAAACCAAGCCUGAACCGCCUAAAGUUGACUUGGAGAAAACUAGACAGGAGGCGCUGGCAGCGGCGAUAGCGUCGGCCAGCGAGUUCAACUCGCGCAUGAACGUGUCCCGGCGCGGCGCGUGCGUGGACCUGCAGUCGCACACGGUGCAGCGCCGCCGCGCGCCGCCGCCGCGCCCGCGCGAGCACGUGCGCCCGCCCGCCGGGUUCUACCCGCACGCGCUGCUGCCCGGCCAGUACCAGCACUCCUACAGGGUGUACACGCCCGACCAGCUGCGGUACUUCCCCCUGAACACAGUGAUGUCGGCGCCGGCCGCGCCCGCGUCUCCGGCGCCCUCGGACUCUGACUCGGAGCCCGACUGGCGCUCCGAUAGCUCCAGCGACGACUCCGCGAGGGACCGCCCCGCCGCCAAGCGAAAGAAGUUAACGAAGACGAAGCGCAGCAGCGGAGCAGAGGCGGUGAAGGAGGAAGUUCGCGACGAGGAGACGUGCCGCGUGUGUAAACUACGACUAGAGGCCAACCGCAAGUACACGCACGAGCGGUUCCUCGUCUGCGCCAACUGCAACGCGAAAUUGCACCCGGGCUGCACGGAGCUGGGCGCGGACACGGUGCGCAAGGCGCGCGAGUACGCGUGGCAGUGUGCCGAGUGCAAGGCGUGCGGCACCUGCGGCGCGCCCGGCGAGGACGACAAGCUGCUGUUCUGCGACCUCUGCGACCGCGGCUUCCACUGCUACUGCGUCGGGCUGCCCGCCGUGCCCGCCGGCCGCUGGCACUGCGUGGAGUGCGCAAUAUGCAAGUCAUGCGGGGCGCGGUCGCCCGGCGGCGGCGGCGGAGGGUCAUCGACCGAGCCCGCCACGUGGCACCACCAGACCCGGCGCGGGCCCGGCGGACACAAGGUCUACUCACACUCGCUCUGCACGCCCUGCGCCAGGGCGUAUCGCAUCGGACGCUACUGCCCGUUGUGCGAGCGCUCCUUCAUCGGGCCCAAGGGGACAAUGCAGCUCGUCAUUUGUAAGCUGUGUGAUAGGCAGCACCAUCAAGAGUGCGUUAGGCAGACGGUGUCGGCGCUGAACGUACUGGACUACACGUGUGGCGAGUGCCGCCGCGGCGGCAUCACGUCGCGCGCGGCCGCCGUGCGCCUGGCGCCGCGCACCAUCGCCACGCUGUUCAUGGCCAAGCGGCGCUUCAACAAGUACGCGCACCGCCAGUACAUGGCCAGCCGCCAGCGCAAGGACGCGGCCGACUCCAACGACGCGGCGCUCGACCCCGCCGACGAGAGCCUGUCCUGCGAGCCCGUGGCGGCCGCGUCGGAUGCGUCCGACGCGUCGGAGGCGGCGGACGCGGGUGACGCCAGCGACCCGCUGGAGGGCGCCGGCGACGCGGCGGACGCCGCGGACGCGCCCGACGAGGCCGCGCAGGCCGUCGCCGCGCUGCGCAUGGACUUCGGCGACUGAGUCGACGGAACGACCCGCAUAGAGUAAUAUUUUUGUCUACUAGACGUUGACGUAGAAUUUAUAUGAAGUACCCGUAGUGGACGGUGUCACCGCGGCGCCGAGUGCGGUCCGGUCGAGUGCGCGGUCCCCUUAUGAGUGUAUAGAAUUGGACUAUGUAAUAUAUCUAGCUGUUAUUAGUAUAUGUAUAACUCUUAUUCGCUUCGGUAAUACGGUUGUAAGGUAAACUGUUGCAUAAAUCUGAUUAAUAUAACGAUUAACUUGUAGGCUAUAUAUAUAAUAGUAUGUAAGUUAUCGGAUAGUGAAGAGAUACUAGUUGUAUUGUCUCUUUUAUGUUUCGCUGCAUAUUCUUUUACUAUGCAUUAGGAUCUUCGUUACGGUCAUGUACGAUCUGUCACGGCAGGCGCUAAAUACUAUAGAAUAUAAUCCCGGCGGGAGUAGACAGGUAAUAUAACAGACAAUCAUAAAGUGGUUAGAUGCAUAGCUGUAGGUCGCAGGUCACUAACACGUCUACUGUACAGUAUAACUUAAUACUAACUUCACUAUGAUAUGGGUAGCUGGGCAAUCAUUACUAUUUUUAAUAUACAUUUUUUGUUCUUUUACUAGUAACCUGCUAAACAAAUCAUGUAUUUUGUACGCGCUCAGGAUUUGUUAUUUAUUUGAGAGCGUAUCUAAGUAGAGAUUGAGUAAUAGCUGUUAUUUCGUUACGAAACCUUGAGUUUAUUGUGGCAAUAUGUGCGUUUUCUGUGUGUGUGAACUUAUAUCGGAAAAAUUGUAUUUGUUUAGUUGUUCUACUUAUUCAAGCGAUGUCUCAAACUGAAAAAAUAAAAUGUAUUGACUAAAUCUGCCUUUUAAUGCAUUUGAAUUAUGUUUUCAAAAUUGAUUUUGUCGCUGUUAUUAUUUCUUAUUGGCUAAAAUGGUCUAAUGAAGACAGUGCGCAUUUUGUUUUUUUAGACUAAUUUUAGGUUACAUAAUUGUUAAUUUUUGCUUCAUAAGGUAUUUAUUUUAGUUAUACUUUUAUAUGGAUACAACAGUAUACAAUCUUAAGAGCCAAUAGUUAGUUUCAAGAUAAUUGUUUUCUUAUCUAAGGAAACAUUAAAGCCCCACAUUUUUAUAAAUAUCAAGAAAAUAUCUUAUGAAAAGAAGAAUGGGUGGUUUACGAAAUGUAAUACACAGAAUUGAUAAAAACAUCGCAUAAAUAAUUGAUGCAAAGUUGUUGAGUGAUUUAAUUACAAAUUACACUAUUUAGAUUAUGUUAAGAAUUAUAUUUUGUUUUUGUAGUUUAAUUUAACGGAUUGAAUUCAGCAGCUCUUUGAAAAUUUGUUUUUCUAACUUAAUUUCAAAGUACAAAACGACAAGGCUACCUUUGUGCUUACCUUUAUUGAUUCAAUUACGCGUUUUGGAAAUUACACGAAUCCAAUUUAUAUAGAUAUAUUGUAAAAGAUCAAAUUAUUUAACUCAGAGUAUAAUAUGUUUAUUUUCAUUGUGAGAAAAUUUAUUUAUUUAUUCUACGGUUAUGAAGAUAGUAUUAACGAGUAUAGCCAAAUUGGGUUGUGUAUAUUUCCAGGGCGAGGUCUGCUUCGGUAUAGCCUUCCGGCCACCGCAGCGUGGCUCCCGACAGGUAUACGUAACGUACGAUACAACAAUGUAUGCAUUUGCUGUACUUAUGUAAUCUCUGCGCGCUAUCGUCUCUGAACCACUGCUGUGUGCAAUGCCCCUAUCUGUGUAUUAUACAUUGUAUUAGCGAUAUAUAUAAGUGCAGGUGAUUAUCAGUAAAUUCAUAUUAUGUGUAAUGUAUAAUUUUAGUUUAUAAUUACGCUUUGGUUAUAUUAAUCAUAAUUUACUUAGUGACAAUUUUAAGAUAAAAUUUAUGUCCACAGAUUAAUUCAUCAAAUCAUGUUAUAACUUUUAUACAGUAUACAAAACUGGUUUCGGUGUCUCACCAGGAUUCUCAUUGCUUUAUCAACACAGGUGGAUUAUUAAGACUUACUUGUAAGAGAAUAAUGAUAACUUUUAUGUCUACUUAAUGCAAGUGUAAACGUUCUAGAAAUCUCGCACUGUUCGGUCAAUUUUGUAAAAAAAUAAAAUAAAUUUAAUUUACA